UACGACUUGACGUCAUUUUGUAGUCCAUUUGAUCUCGGAUGCCGGAGAAUCCAUUUGGUGUUAAGCUAAGCUGCUAAAAGUUGUGUAACAAGGAAAACAAAAGGACACAGCUCCCGGGAGGACUCGUUCAUUUAAAUUAUACAGAGGAUCUCUCCUCAUAGAUUAAUCCUCCAGAUCGAGUUCGAAUUGUAAAAAUGUUUUCUCUCUCAACGUCGUUUCAACCACAGCAGAUGAUACUGCCCCUCAGCCAGCUCAUCAACGCCCUCCACUCUCUCAAGAACGCAGCCACAGCUUCAGUCCAGACCCUGCACAGAGACUUCAUUCCAGAGCAGAGUUCAUUUUUAAAAGAGCCCAGUGUGAGUCUGAGAGAUCUUGGCCUGUCAGAGAUCAGGGUUAGUCAGCUGGAUGAGCUGGUCAGCAGGUUACUGCCUACACCAAGACCCGUAGAACCUCCUGCUGUUCUAUCUCCAUGGAGGACGAGCCACGUUUCUUCACACAGCUUCUUCCACAACAAGCAUGGGUUUUCUCACAGACGGUUGGGGGUUUUUGGCUCCCCAACACUCCACAGACAAUACCACAGUCCUCUUAAAGACGUUUGCUCAGAGCUACAAUUCCUGCCAGUAUGGGUCCAGACUCGGGGUUUCAAGACUCUUAGAUCAAAGACCAGGCGAACAGAGUCUGGUUAUGACGCUGUGACGGAAUCUGAGCCUUACACACCAGCCUUCAUGAAGGGGUUUCUUCAGAGGGAAAAGGGACCAGAGGCGCAGUCACUGGAUCAACUGCUGAAACAAAGGAACCUCCCAGAGAACCAGCAGGAUGCUUUCAAGACGGGUUUCACUGAGGGCUUCAUGAGGUCGCAGGCCUUCACUCAGAGAACACAAGACUCACUGAGGAGAACCAGAUUGAUCCUGUUGGUCCUCCUGCUUGUUGGUAUUUAUGGCUUGUCAAGAACCCCCUUUCUCUCGGGUAAAGGCUCCUUUUCUGAUGCUGUGAGAUUCCGCACCACAUCUGGUCUUGACUCAGCAGUCGACCCCAUCCAGAUGAAGAACGUGACAUUUGAUCAUGUCAAAGGAGUGGAAGAGGCAAAGAACGAAUUACAAGAUGUUGUUGAGUUUCUCAAAAACCCCCAAAAGUUUACUGCUCUGGGUGGAAAGCUGCCUAAAGGGAUCCUCCUUGUUGGUCCACCAGGCACAGGAAAGACUUUGUUAGCACGGGCUGUGGCUGGGGAGGCAGAUGUGCCUUUCUACUACGCCUCCGGAUCAGAGUUUGAUGAGAUGUUUGUGGGUGUUGGUGCAAGCCGAAUCAGGAACCUUUUCAAGGAGGCAAAAGCUAAUGCUCCUUGUGUGAUCUUCAUUGAUGAGUUGGACAGCGUUGGUGGAAAGAGGAUUGAGUCUCCCAUGCAUCCCUAUUCCAGACAAACAAUCAACCAGCUGCUGGCUGAGAUGGACGGGUUUAAACCAAAUGAAGGUGUCAUCGUUGUUGGUGCUACAAACUUUGCAGAGGCUUUGGAUAACGCACUGGUAAGGCCAGGAAGGUUUGACAUGCAGGUGACUGUCCCUCGCCCAGAUGUGAAAGGACGCACCGAAAUUCUCAACUGGUACCUCUCCAAGAUCAAAGUGGACCCUGCCGUGGAUGCAGAGAUUAUUGCCCGGGGCACUGUGGGCUUUUCUGGGGCAGAGCUGGAGAACCUGGUCAACCAGGCAGCCCUGAAGGCAGCUGUGGACGGGAAAGAGAUGGUCACAAUGAAGGAGUUGGAGUUUUCUAAGGACAAGAUCCUCAUGGGUCCUGAGAGGAGAAGUGUUGAAAUCGACAAGAAGAACAAGACCAUCACAGCCUACCACGAGUCUGGCCAUGCCAUUGUUGCCUAUUUCACCAAAGAUGCAAUGCCUAUCAAUAAGGCCACGAUCAUGCCUCGAGGUCCAACGCUUGGACAUGUGUCCAUGCUCCCAGAGAAUGACCGCUGGAGUGAGACAAGAUCCCAGCUGCUGGCUCAGAUGGAUGUCAGCAUGGGUGGUCGAGUAGCAGAGGAGCUCAUCUUUGGAGAUGACUACAUCACCACUGGAGCAUCUAGUGACUUUGAUGGAGCAACAAAAAUAGCAAAAAUGAUGGUGACCAGAUUUGGCAUGAGUGACAAGCUUGGUGUCAUGACCUACAGUGACAUAACCAAACAGAGCCCUGAGACACAAGCUGCUAUUGAACAGGAAGUCAGGAUUUUGCUGAAGGAUUCAUAUGAGCGUGCUAAAAAGAUCCUGAAGACUUACAGUAAGGAGCACAAGACGCUAGCAGAUGCCCUGCUAAGAUAUGAAACUCUGGAUGCCAAAGAGAUCCAGAUGGUGCUGGAGGGAAAAUCUCUGGACCACUAGAUACCUCAGUAGACAUUUUAGAUUCUUGUAUCAUGUAUAUAUGAAGCUGUGCAAUUAUGCACAGGCCUUUUGGAGGCCUUGUAUUUCAGUUGUUUGUAUCCCUCUUAUUAUAAAUGUGAAUGUGACACUGACAUUAUUAAAUUUUACCCCCUUAAAUUUUCACUUGAAGCAUUUUCUUGUUUUGGAUUUCCUAUAAAGAAGACCUCUGCUUUCACAACGAUUUUAAAACACUUCAGAUUAAAUGAAUAAAAAUAAAUGUUUAUUCUCCACAAGUUUGUCUGUUACAGUUCACAAAGCUGUUUAUCCUCUACUCUCAAGGAAAAUUACUUCUUUAGUGGUUCUAUAUGCCAUAGUCACAUUUGUUGUCGUAACAAGGUUAUAGAGCGAAUGAAUUAGCCAAAUAUCAAAUUAGGGUGAGGCGAUUUUAUUAAUUUAUCUAUGUUUGUACACACUUUGGAUAGACCGGUAAACACCAUAGAACCAUAAAGUACCUCAAUCCAGAAUGUACUAUUUGGCUGUGGCAAAGAGUUUUUUUUCUCUGAUGUUUUUCAACUGCAUCUACCUUUAUCUGUUUUGUUUGUUCUUAUUUAUUUAAGUGGCCAAAGGAAAGUCCUCUUUUUUGGAAAUUAGUGAUAAGCCCCCAUGUCCUCCUCUAAGCUCACCAUUAACUGAUAAAAAAGGGGAAAUGUAUAUAUACUGUAAGUGUGUGAAAGGAUUGGCUUUGUGCUUCUGUUUGUUUCUUUAGAUAAAGGCCAUCUUGAGGCUCAAAUAAAGGUUACAUCAUGAA